AUGACUGAGUUCGGUCUUGAUGAUUCAGCAGCAAACACAUUGGUGGAAGCAGCUUUGGACAAAGACGAAGCAAAAGAUCGCCAUGUUAGAUUCCAAGAUCAUGUUAUGGAAUCUGCAGCCCUUGUUCAACGUAUGUUGAGUGUCAAGAUGGGCCGAGUUCCUGAGGCGGACUCUGUCCUAGCUAGUCUUAUGAAAUUAGAAGCACAAAGACAUACUGAAGAAACAGUGAAAAAGAAGAAGAGAAAGAAUAAGCAUAGAAAAUCUUUUCCAGUGAAUCGACACAAAAAGCAUAAACCAGCAUCUAUUCAUGAAUAUCCUAUUAGAUCAAGCACCGAUCCUUUUUCAGAUGCCUCCUCAGGGCAAUUAAUACCCAAGCCACGUCCACAACGGCCUCCAUUAGUGAAUAGACCGACCAGUUGGCUAUCCAACGUUUCCCAUAGUCGAUAUGUUGUUCCCAGUUUGGAAAAGCGUAAAAAGACGGCAGCGCCGUCACUUUCGCGACGCUUUUCAAAUGACAGUAUGGUUACUACUGCUUCUCAAUUUGAACCCAUCACUCUAGAAGACAGAAUUCGUAUCACCUUUGAGAUUGCCAACAUUUUACAGAAACAAGAGUUUUUACGUAAGCUGUGCAAGUCGCUUAUGUUAUAUGGUUGCCCUGCACAUCGUCUAGAAUCCGCUAUGCAGAAAGUUUCUCGUACUUUGGCAGUUGAUGCAGAAUAUAUAUAUAUACCCAAUGUGAUGCUCGUCACAUUUAUAGAUAAUACUACGCAUACAACGGAAACUCAUUUUAUCCGUCAAGCUCAAAGUUUUGAAAUGCAUCGAUUAGCAGAUAUAUACCGCUUAGAAAAACUUGUGUCUCAUGGCGAAGUAACAGUAGAUGAGGCUUUAGAGUUCAUUGAUAAAGUCUAUGAACAACCAUCUAUCUACCCAUUAUGGUUACAUCCUUUUGUUUAUGCUUUGGCUGCAUUCUCUGGUAGUAUCCUAUUCUAUGGUGCUCGAUGGAAGGAGGCUGGUGUUGCAGCUGCGCUGGGUAUGGUUUUCGCUUCGAAUGAAAUUUUUGCCUCCUUCAUAGCAAGCUUUCAACCUAUUUGGGAGAUUACUGUGUGUAUUUUGAUCGGGUUUGUAGCUCGUGGUCUUCAAAAAUAUGAAUUUUGCUUUACGCCUGUUGCAUUCCCGUCAUUUAUUAUUGUGCUGCCGGGUUAUCCUAUGGCUAUUGCUAUUAUUGAAUUGGUAUCGCGACAGCUGGUUAGCGGUGUUGUCCGCAUGAUCUAUGCUCUGAUAUACUCAUUUCUGUUAGGCUAUGGUGUAUCCAUGGGCUCAGAACUGUAUUUGACAAUAGACAAGAACUCUAAUACAAUUCAGAGUGAUGUUUGUAAACUCGUUUCUAACGCAACUACCUGUAUUCAAAACGAGUCUCCGUGGUUUAACUUCUUGAUGGUACCCAUGUUUGCUUUUGCUUUCUCGGUAUUUUUGCGUGCCCGUCUCCCAAGGUUUCCGAUUAUGGUUGUUGUUGCCGCGUGUGCUUAUACAAUCAAUUACGCACUCGCAUGCUGGGCACGUGUACCCUCGCAGAUUCUUCAAGUGGUGCCGGCAUUUGGCCUUGGUUUGAUUGGUAAUUUGAUUUCAAAAACUACAGGCAAAAUGUCUUUUGAUGCUGUAUUGCUCGGCGUUUUUUAUCUGGUGCCUAGUGCUCUCGGUUUGAAAGCUGCUUAUGGUGUUUUUACAGGCACGAAUGAAGCCGGUGAUCAAGGUGCUGGAUUUGCGUUAUCCAUGAUUGAGACAUCCAUCGGUAUUACCCUUGGACUUUUCUUAGCAACAUUAAUAGUAUACCCUAAAGGAACACAGCAUACACCCCUCAUGAAUUUAUAA